AUUAUUAUUCUUUUUUUUCCUUUCCUGUAAAACACACAAAAUGGAUGACAGUCGUAACUGGCGAAGCGAUGAAGGGAAUGAUAAUAAUCGUAAAUUUGAUCGUUACGAAGGUAGUCGCAGUAGUAGACGCUCCAGAGAUGACAGAAACAAUAGAAAAAGUCGAGAUGAUGAUUAUGACGACAGCCGCAGUAACAGAAGAGCUAGGUCCCGCUCUGGUUCACCAUCAGAAAGACGCCGUAACAGAAAAAGAGAAGAAAGAGAAAGUAGAAAGGAUAGUGACGACAGUGACGAUGGAAGUUACAGCUAUAGUAACCGAAUUGGGAUGCACGAUUAUGACUCUAGAAAUUCUAGAAGGAAUGAUCGAAGCAGAAGUAGAGAAGAAGAUGUACAGCACACUGGCAAUGAAAGGAUCACUGGCCAUGAUUGGAGAUCAAAGUUGACAUCAAUUAGGGAUGCCCAUUUCAAUAGAAGCAAACAAGCACCAACCAUGGCACAAAAUCAAUUUAAAAAUGAUGGUAGCUUUUUAGAAAUGUUUAAAAAGAAAAUGGCAGAGCAGACUACAAGUUCUGUCACACCCAAUUCAUUGGUCUUAGCAUCUUCAUCAAUACCAUUUAGUGCAGAAUUAUCUUUACCACCACUAACAACUAUGCCACUUGAUGAACCUCACACUUCAUCAACAGCUAAUGCUGAUCAGGACCUUGAUGGUGUGCCUAUGCCUACCCAUAAAUCUUUGCCAGUGCCGGUGUCUGUAAGAUUAACUUUAAUUAAAUCACACAAAAGUUUGAUUAAUUUGAAUAACUUGUGACUUGAGCUGAUACUGAUAACAAUAAAUAAGUAAUAAUUUACUUGUCAUAGAUCAUAUUCAUAGCGAGUUUAAAAUUCUCCAGUUGUUUUCUUCCUUUUAAAAUCCCUGGUUCCCAACCCAUGGGUCAUGACCACAAGUGAGGAUGUUCUCUGUAGUUGAAGGCUGAAAUAGUAGACUAAAACUAAAAAAAGAAAUAAUGGUUGUAAAGAAAUUCUCAUUUUAAUCUGUUUAAUGAUAAAAUUUGAAUAAUUUUAUUAUAUUGCUUCUAUUUUGAAUUUGUUUCUCUUAACUUAUUAAAAAAAGUUUUUUUUAUUUAUUGUGGCCAUGGUUCACUUUAGUUCUAAGUGACUCUAGUUUCACUUUUCAUCUUAAAAAUGAGUUAGUGGGUUAAUGGCUCUAUAAAGGUUGGGAACCUGUGCUUUAUUUGAAGCAUAAACUAGUUUUACCUUUUUUAAAAGCUGUGUAAAUCAUACAGCCAGUCACAGUCAGUGGUUCCCAAAAUGUUUAAUAUGAUGGUGCAAUAGACUAUGGUAUAGGUUGGGUGUGGGAUGGGAUUUUUAAAUAAAUUGAAUAGAUGAAGAAAAAAAUGAUUUAAUGUGCAGAGGAAAAAUAGAUUGUGUGAAAUAUUUAAACCUUUAAUAGAAAUGUGUACAAUUUCAGUAUUUUGCUUUUAUUUUUAAUACGGUAUAUAAAAUAAACUAACCUAUUAAUAAUUUAUUGAUAGUUAUCAGUUACUGACCUACCUGCAUGUAUAUAAGCUGUCUAUCACAGGUUGAUAAAAAUUUAUAAGAAGAUAUUUUUCAAUAUACUGCAAAUUGCAUCCUUGAUUGUCCAAAACAAUAUCUUAAUUCAUUUUGCAAAUUUUGAUUGUAAUAGUUCCAAGAGUUAUCCUGUAUAAUAGUUUGGGAACCACUGGUUUAAGCAUUUAUUAUUGUUUAAACAUUUCUACCUUAUAUUUUUUAAAGUUUGAAAGGUUUCAAUUUUCUUGUUCUAUGAUGAAUUAGAAAAUAUUAAUUACGGUUUUACUCCCCCCAUAAUUGACUCGGUUAAUGGUCAGAUAAUUUAACCAUAUAGAUGUGCUUUCAUAUUAGAAACUCGUGACGCAAACUCAACUGAGUUUGACACUAUUAGGUUUGUUUUUGCAGGUGGGUAAACGCAGACUAGCAAAGCCUCUUAAGACAGGAAUUGUUCUCAAGAAACCACAAGAGCCAGUAGAGGUAAUGGUUGUAUAUUCCUAAUUCAUUUUACUUCCGGAAGGGAUGUUUGUUACCUCUGAUCUAACUGAAAAAAAAUGAAGUGGUAAUGAUGGCAUUUUAUACAACACCAUUAAAAAAAAAUUCAACAGUUUGGCAGAAUUGUAUUUUAUCCAUUAUGAUUUGAAGUGGCUAUUAAUUAGACAAAUAAAUAAAUGAAAAAGGUAAGUAUCUCCAUCUGUAAAGAAGUUUUCAAAUUUUUUCCUAAAAUGAUGUAGCUGAAAUCUGACAAACAGUCUCAGACUAUCAUAAUAUUUAUGGGAAGAAAUAUAUUGAUUCAAGUUGCAUAUCUUGUCCUGUAAAUCAGGAAGGGUAAAAAAAGGGUUGCAGAAACCUGUGCACUUGGAAGUUCUUUACACAUUUAUUUACAAAAUAAGAUUUCUCUGCGCAGGAUGAAGUCAGCCAGGAAAAACUAGAUGCCUGGGCCAGGUACUUGCAAGAGGUACAGAAGUACAAAUCAUCAAACUGUAUGGAUGAAGACAACAGUAGACCACUGGUUAAAUAAUUUUUUUCCCUAAGUGAUGCUUAGAUAAUGUGGUGUUUGUAAGGGCCACUAUUUCAGAGAAGUGUUGCUUAUUUGGCUAUAUUUAAUUUGAAUACAGUUUUAGAGUGGUUGAUGAAAACAGAUUCCCAUCUUGGAAAGAUGUUUUAGAAAAAAAAUAAAACAUUAUCAGUUUGUCAUUUUUGAAGCUCUUGUCCCUAAACAUAAGCAUGUUAAAAAGUACAUGAUCAUUAAAAACAUUACAAUGCUCACAUUUAAUCAUAUGAAUAAACCGGUAACAUAAUUUCAUAGAUUCUAAAAAAUACUUACUAUGCCUUGUUUCUAAUGUUUAAAUAGGAAUACUGGCACCAAUAAAAAUAAUAUUUAAACUAAAAUAUUAUAUAAUUUAUAAAUAGUUGGUACAGAUUUAUUAAUAGCAUCAGAACUUUUAUGAAGGUUAGCUUUGUAAUAAAACUAUCAUUGACAUUACUAGCAUUUACUUUAGUAACCCAUCCUGCUUUUGAUGUUAGUAAAGUUUUCUAACUUCAAAGCUUCGGACCUCGUGAGGGACAGUUUUAUUUCUAUUGUAAGAAAUUUUAUUAAAAAAUAUAUAGUUUUAAAAAAGGACAUGAAGUACUGAUUAGUAAAAAAAAUAUAUAUUAUUUUGUGAUGAUUGGAUAGUGGUAAAGCAGAAAAAGAUUAAUAAACACCAUCUGUAAGUGUAAAUAAAGUAGUCGUUGCUAAUAUUUUGUGGGUUUAGACUUGUUUUGAACACUGUCAAUUUUUAAUAUCAGAAUUUAUCUAUUAGGAAAAAUACAUUUCUUCAUACUGUGCUUUGAGUUGGGCUUAAAAAUUGCAUCAAAUGCAACUGGUUUUUGUUUGAAUUACAACACACAUCUUUAGCAACUUUAAGAGCUUUGUCCUAUUAGUUGUAAAUAUCAAGCAUGAAUUUAAUAAUAAAGUUUCAAUGUAAAUUUAUGAUGAAAUAGUGUUAUUUUGAUUUAUUUAUUGUAAUUGUAUGUAGUGUAAAUUGUUUGCAUGCAAAAUUUGAAAGACAAUAAUGAAAUCAAAAGUUGUCUUAAUCUCGUUUGUGCCUUUUUCAGACAUAAUGGAUAGAGCAUUAUUUUUUAAAAAAUAUUAUUUUAGUUUUAAGUAUAAGUUAUAAUGUAUCAUCCUGUUAUUAGUUAUUCUCA